AUGUUGCCUCUUUCAAUAUUUUCUAUUCUAACUUUCACUAUUCUAUUCACUUUGGCAUCUGCCUCUGCCACAUAUAAUGUUGUGAACUUUGGAGCCAGACCUGAUGGAAAGACGGACUCGACCAAGGCCUUUCUCAAUGCAUGGGCCUCGGCUUGCAGCUCCGCUGGCCAAGCCUCAAUCUAUGUGCCACUUGGGAACUACUUGCUCGCAUCCACUACCAUAUUCAAUGGCCAGACAUGCAAAUCAAAUGCCAUCACCAUUCGAAUCGAUGGCACUCUUUUAGCACCUUCUGAUUAUCGGGUGCUUGGUAAUGUAAAGAAUUGGAUCAUAUUUCAAAGAGUCAAUGGUCUUUCAAUCUACGGUGGAACUCUUAAUGCCCAAGGCUCCGCCUUGUGGGCUUGUAAGGCCACCGGCAAGAGUUGCUCUACUGGUGUGACGUCUUUGGAAUUCAGCAAUUCAAACAACAUAUUUAUCAGUGGAUUGGCCUCUUCAAACAGCCAAAAGUUUCACAUUGCUAUCAAUGGUUGCAAGAAUGUGAAACUACAAAAUUUGAAGGUCUCAGCUCCGGCAAACAGCCCAAAUACCGAUGGUGUACAUGUUUCAUCGUCAUCCGGUGUUACUAUUCUCAACUCCAGGAUUUCCACCGGCGACGAUUGCAUCUCCGUUGGACCCGGCACCACCAACAUGUGGAUUGAGGGUACAGUAUGCGGGCCGGGUCAUGGGAUCAGCAUUGGGAGCCUAGGGAAAGAUAUGCAAGAACAAGGGGUCCAGAACAUAACGGUAACAACAACACGGUUUAUAAGUACACAAAACGGGUUUAGGAUCAAAACAUGGGCUAAACCUAGUAAUGGGUUUGUUAAGAAUGUCCUUUUCAUGCAUGCCAUAAUGGACAAUGUCAAAAACCCUAUCAUUAUUGACCAACACUAUUGUGAUUAUAGAAGCAAUUGCCCUAAUCAGGCUUCGGGAAUCAAGAUCAGCGACGUGACAUACGAAGACAUCCAAGGUUCGUCGGCAACACAAGUGGCUGUGAAAUUUGAUUGUAGCAAUAAGUAUCCUUGUAGUGGAAUAAGAUUAGAAGAUGUAGCUUUGACGUAUGGGGGUCGUAAUGGUAUCACUAUAAAGUCGUCUUGUGCCAACUCCAUUGGCAGUGCUUCAGGUGUAGUCGAGCCAGAUAGCUGCUUGUAG